AGCGAUUCAAUUUGACAGCGUCGAUAUCGCAGCGAUUAUAUUGCGACGUCGCAGCCUUGACAAUGACAACCGCACUGAAGCCAGGCAGCAAAGAUGCGCCCACAAACCCGCGCGGCAUCCCCGUCGCACCCUUCGUCGACCGCGUAGAAGACUAUGUUACCGACCGCUCCGAGGUUGAGAGCACGGUGAACAGCUUCAAGGAGAUGAUAGCAAAAUACCAAUUUAUGGAGCAGAACACCCAGCGGCGGCUUGUUGGGCUCAAGGAUAAAAUCCCAGACAUACAGAAAACGCUGGAGACUGUCCGUUUCCUAAAGGCAAGAAAGGCAGACGCGGAUCCCAUCGAGACGACCUUCGAACUGAACGAUACAUUGUACGCCAAGGCGGAGGUCCCGCCUACCGACGAGGUAUACUUGUGGCUAGGCGCCAACGUCAUGCUGUCAUACCCUAUACCGGAGGCCGAGCAGCUGCUGAAGUCCAAGCUCGACACGGCAAAGAGAAGCCUGGAAACUUGUGAGGAGGACAUGGAAUUCCUACGGGAGCAAAUCACAACGCUGGAAGUGGCAUUUGCGCGAGUGUAUAACUGGGAUGUAGCACAGAGAAGGAAGGAGCGUGAAGCUGGAGAGUCAAUAGAGGACAAGAAGGGUUCGAAAUCGAACGGUUGAGGUGGACAUGAGUGCAUCUGUGUAGCACUUACAAAAGAUAUACCCGUUUGGCAGGCAACGCCACAUCCAUUGAUUGUGUUUCUAUAUGCGCGGUGCUUCGGCAUGACUGGAUGAAAUAUGGCAUUGCCUGAUAUGUAGAUGAUUGAGGUGGAGCUAGAUACUUCCAGAGGGCCCUGGGGGGCGAGACUUGUCACGACGGCAAGCAAGUCACACAUAUGUUUGGAUGCUUCUGUACCACAGAUGGAU